CACUCACUCACUCGCUCACUCGCUCGCUCAUUCUUCUUCUGUCCAUACACCACCUUCCUCAAACCCUUGGUUUCUCAUUCUCCUCUCUCUGCGAAUGCGAAACCGUCGUCGUCCAUGGCAUGGCGUAAAUGGAAAUGCCUGAUUUUACGCGGAUAUCGGCCAAGUCAGAGAGAGAUAGUCAAGAAAUGUCCCGGCCUUUGAAUUGUUCCACCUCGCCCGAGCACAACAUUAUGGCUUUCCUUUUUUAUUUUAUUUUUUUAUAGUCCAUGUUGUAUUCUUUUAUUAUGUACAAAUUUGGUUCUGUAUAUAUGGCUGACCUUAUAUAGUACGCACAGCUACCAAAUAAUUAAUGAGAUUCGGU